AUGGAUCUUGAUGCCAUCGCCGACCAGGUGGCCAGGACCAUGGGGCCCCAGCAGGCCACUGGUCCUGCAUCCAACGACCCAACGCAAGCCACCCGGCCCCAGCUGCCACCCGGUCAUGCGCUCCAUUCGAACAUGACGGUGGAUGAAGUCGUCGCCGAUCUGAACAAGUCGCCGUUGUUCAUGACAGAGUAUGAGGAAAACGACGACACGGCUGCGCUGCAAGCCCUUGCGUACGAGGGCUCACCGCUAGAGAAUGGCAGCGACUUCAAGGAGAAGGGCAACGAGUACUACCGGGCCAAGCUCUGGACCGACGCCAAUGAGUUCUACACAAAGGGUAUUCAGGUCCUGGCGCCGGAGGAGAAGAAGAGGCAGAGCGGCGAACUCACAACCGACAAUGAGGGCAGGAUUGACUCUGAUGAAACCAUCCAGCAACAGCGGGCGGUCCUGGAGUCGUUGUACGGAAACAGGGCAGCCUGCCAUCUGGAGCUGAAAAACUACCGCUCGUGCUGGAUCGACUGUGCGGCGGCGCUGAGAUUGAACCCAAAGAACGUCAAGGCGUACUAUCGCAGUGCGCGCGCGUUGCUGGCCGUGGGGCGGAUCGAGGAGGCGGACGACGUCUGCGCCCGCGGCCUCGCGCUGGACGAGAACAAUGCAAGCCUCAAGCUGGUGGCGGACGACAUUGUCGUCAAGGCCAAGGCGCGCGACGCCAAGCGCCAAAGGGACGCGGAGAGGGAGGCGCUCCUCAAGAGACGCGAGUACCUGCUCAAGGCGGCGCUCAAGGCGCGUAACAUUCCGACUCGGACGACGGACAAGCCGCCCGAGAUGGAGGACACCAAGCUCGAGCUCGUGCCGGACCCGGACGACCCGCGCAGCACGCUGAGCUUCCCGACGGUGCUGCUGUACCCCAAGGACCUCGAGUCGGACUUUAUCAAGGCCUUUAACGAGAUGCAGACGCUCGAGGAGCACCUGGGCUACGUCUUCCCGCUGCCGUGGGACAAGCAGGGGCGGUAUACCACCGAGGGCGUGGAGUGCUACGUGGAGACUAGGGAGGGUGGCCUGCUCAAGAUGGGCAAAAGGGUGACCCUGCUCAAGGUGCUGGGCACCGGCAAGGUCGAGGUGGUUGACGGUGUUGUGAGGAUAUUCGUGCUGCCAAAGGCGCAGGCCGACGAAUGGGUCAAGACUUUCAAGGAGCAAAAGAAGGCCAUCGCGGGCAAAGCAUAA